AGCAGCAGGACCUUGACAACCAAUGGAUCCUACUGGACAAGUGAAGACCUCCAGCCUCUUGAUCGGCUUCCUCCCAUCGCUGAGGAAGAAGAUCUGGAUGGACUAAGCCAACUGAGUUACCAAGACAACCUUUCCUGUCGUGAAGAUGACCACGUAUCUGUUGAUUCAAGAACAACAACCAGGAGUAAGGGCACUGGGCAGCACAAAGGGCCCAGGAUGGAGCCCAGAACUGGGGAUGGUGUCAGCCAGUCACACAGGGAAGGACGUCUGGAAAUGGAGACAGCAUUUGCCAGCCAGGGAUUGGAAGUAAAUGAUGCUACUGACAGCUCAUCGGCUUGGAGCCCUGAGGAGCACAACGAAGCGAGCAUCGCGCCAGCCCAUCACGGUGCCCAUGAGCCCAUCUGCAAAUGUGGUGACCUGGAUGUCAUCUUCACCUAUAAAUCCUCGAGCCAAAAGCUCAUAGCCACUGUCCUGGAGGCCAGGGACAUCCCAGACAAGGACCGCAGUGGCGUGAACACCUGGCAAGUGCACGCGGUUCUGAUGCCGGGCAAGAGACAGAGGGGUAAGACGAGUGUGCAGAGAGGACCCAUCCCCAUCUUCCAGGACAAAAUCACCUUCAGCAAGCUGGAAGCUCAGGAGCUGAGCAGCCAGGCCGUUCGCUUCCGCCUCUACGCCGUGCACAAGGUGGUUGGGGAGAAGAUGAUGGGGGAGCAGCUGUUCUACCUGAGCGGCAUCAGCCAGGAAGGGGAGGUGAAGGUGACGCUGCUCUUGGAGCCAAGGAGUAACCUGAGUAGUGCAGAUUCUCAGCUGAGUCUGUCAGCAAUCUCUCACAGUGAUAGCGCUUCCUCAACACAGUCCCUGUCACAUGGAGGGGUGCCAGAGCUGCUCGUGGGACUGUCAUACAAUGCCACUACAGGGAGACUGUCAGUGGAGAUGAUCAAAGGCAGUCAUUUCCGAAACCUUGCAAUUAAUAGACCACCUGAUACCUACGGGAAGCUCUGCUUGCGCAACUCCGUGGGUCAGGAGAUGUCCCGCUGCAAGACCUCCAUCCGCCGGGGACAGCCCAACCCCGUCUACAAGGAAACCUUCAUCUUCCAGGUCGCCCUGUUCCAGCUGUCAGACGUCACCCUGCUGAUCUCCAUCUACAACAGGCGCAGCAUGAAGCGCAAGGAGAUGAUCGGCUGGAUCUCCAUGGGCCAGAGCAGCAGCGGGGAGGAGGAGCAGAGCCACUGGCAGGAAAUGAGGGAGUCGCAGGGGACACAGGUCUGCAGGUGGCACACGCUGCUGGAGUCCUAGCAGGGACCAGGGCAGCCUGGGGCAAAGGGCUGGCUCCCCUCGCUGUCUGCCAGCAGGA